GCGCUGGCAUUCGUUGUUGACUUAUUUCGUUUAGACGUUUCUCUCUCUCCUUCUCCCUCACUCGACCCCCUCGAUUUCUGAUCGCCGAUCUCCGGCUUGGAUUCUCCGUUUUCCGGUGGGGCUUUUCCUCAGAUUUCCCUAGCGAUGAAGAAAAACUUUGAAGUAUUCGAUUUCAAAGAAGAGGACGAGCUCGCUGAGUCUGCAGCUGGAAAGUUAUUGGAAAAAUUCACAAACCCUAGUCCUUGCAAUUCUCCGGUUCUGCAACGCCAACGCAUCCAAAGCUUCUGCAAUGAAAAACGUGUUGAGGAAGAAGAAAUGGAAGGUCCAAGUUGUGCAGAGCCUGCUACUGCUGUAGAGUCUGACGAUCAUCAAUGUGAAGAUGAUUCGACUUUGGUAACAGAAGCUAAGGAGUCCAGAACGAUUCUCACAUUUGGUUUGGAAACCACUGACCAUUUAGAAGAAACAGAUGCAGAGCACGUUAAUCAGGGAUUGAUGUUAGGUUUAAAAACUGAAGACCUGGCAAAGGAAACAGAUAUAGAUCACGAUAACCAUGGAUUGAUGUUUGGUUUGAAUAGCGAAGACGACAUAGAAGAAACAGAUGUGGAUCAUAGAGUGGAGAGUUUCUCUUGCCAGCUAGGCGGAAAUAGUUUUUACGCUGAAACUUCAUCUUAUAGUCAACGCCAGCUAAACUCACCCUUUUCAGAUUCUUCAUCCAGUGAGGAGCAAAUUGAUAUGAUGUCAGCUAUUGAUGAAAGCUUGAGUGAUCGAUCUGCGUUGAGUGAAGCUUCUGAUUCAGAAGAUGAUGAAGAAGGUACAUGCUACACCUUCUCUCUAUAUUUCCUUAUAGAUAUGCUUGGAUCUCCUAUGUCUGACCGUGUCUUGAUUUCAAUGUUAUAUGCGCUGAAAGAUUGGAUGACUGAACAUUGCUUCAACGAUGAGGAAAAGAUUGACUUAAGCACCGCUGUUAUAAUGACUUCGGAGUAUGUUAUACUUAAGGAUAUGCAUUGUGCUGCAUCCCUAGUAAUCUUUUCAUGCAAUGGCAUCAAAAUAAAGAGUUUCCUCGCAAAUAAUGAAGAAGUGCCAUUUUCUUGUGAAUUUGGAGUUGAAGACAUAGUUAGUAUUCAAUACAAUUGGUACCAAAAUGUUGGAUUGAUCAUUCUCAGAAUUCGAGUUCUACUGAAGGAUGAAAAUUGCCAUGAAGACAUGGAGGAGUUAAAGAUUGCGGUAAAAGAACAUAAUUGGCCUAAUAAGCAACAAAAGAUAAACUCGCUGCAUGUGAAAUACCCGGCUGUGUGGAAUACUGACCUCGAGGAUGACGUGGAAGUAUCAGGGUAUAACUUGAAUCAACAGAAGCGUUAUUUUCCAAGCUUUGAUGAACCUUUUGAGGAUGUUGUCUAUCCAAAGGGUGACCCAGAUGCUGUUUCCAUUUGCAAAAGAGAUGUUGAGCUCUUGCAGCCAGAGACAUUUGUAAAUGACACAAUCAUUGACUUCUAUAUUAAUUAUUUGAAGAAUCAGAUUCAAACGGAGGAAAAACAUAGAUUCCAUUUCUUUAACAGCUUUUUCUUCCGGAAACUCGCUGAUCUUGACAAAGAUCCAUCAAGUAUAGCUGAUGGAAAGGCUGCUUUUCUACGUGUCCGAAAGUGGACAAGGAAAGUGGACAUGUUUGGAAAGGACUACAUUUUUGUGCCUGUGAACUACAACCUUCACUGGAGUUUAAUAGUCAUAUGCCACCCUGGUGAAGUGGCUAAUCGUACAGAUCUAGACUUGGAUGACUCAAAAAAAGUACCGUGCAUAUUACAUAUGGAUUCUAUAAAAGGGAGCCAUGCAGGGCUUAAAAAUCUAGUCCAAACUUACUUGUGCGAGGAGUGGAAGGAGAGGCAUAAAGAGACAUCGGAUGAUAUUUCUUCCAGAUUCAUGAAUUUGCGGUUUGUCUCACUUGAGUUGCCACAGCAGGAAAACUCAUUUGACUGUGGCCUCUUUCUGCUGCACUAUCUGGAGCUAUUUCUUGCUGAAGCUCCCCUUAAUUUUAGUCCUUUCAAGAUAUAUAAUGCUUCCAACUUUCUUUAUCUGAACUGGUUUCCUCCUGCCGAGGCAUCAUUGAAGCGUACUCUGAUUCAGAAGUUAAUAUUUGAACUCCUUGAAAACCGGUCACGGGAAGUUAGUAAUGAACAAAACCAGUCCUGUGAAAGUCCAGUUGCCGUCAAUGACGAUAUGGGCAUUGAGGUUCUCUCUGAGAGAUGCAGCCCCCUAAUAGACUGUAACGGGGAUAUGACACAGACGCAAGACGAUCAAGGAAUCGAAAUGACUUUGCUUGAAAGAUCUUCCAUGAGGCACAUACAAGCUGCUAAUGAUUCGGGUAUGGUACUAAGAGAUUUAUUCGAUUCAGGAUCCAAUAACACAGGAUCAUUACUUGAACAACUACAACAACCAUUCGAGGAUCCGUCUUCGUUUUAUCAUCUUAGUAACGACUCGUCGGCAAGAGAGCAAGUGGACAUGGAAACUGGUGAACAGUUUAUGUGUUUGAACGCUGGAGAGGGCAACUUUCAAUGCAUCACGGAAACUACCUCUCCGAGAGCAUCUAAUUCAUUCUCUUCAUGGAACCUUGGUAUUCCCCUGGUGCAGAAGGAAGACGAGACUGAUUUGUUAUCUGAAACUUCGAAUAGUUCUAAUGAUUCAAUCGGUAUCAUAGAAGACAACCCAAUAGAAAAUACUCAUGAAGAAGAAAUCGACGAGAGUCCUCCAAGAGAGACCGUCUCUUUAAAAUCUGCAACCGUGGGUUCUAACACUGCUGACCAUACCACUGAGAAUGAAGAGCCCGUUUCUACACACAUUGAGCUUGUUGUUCCAUCGAGUCAGAAUGACAGAGAUGAGGAGAAGCCAUUGGAGCAUGAUCUUGAAAUUGGGGACAAGACGAGUGAAGAUGUUGGAGAUGAUUGUGAUCAAAAGGAGCCAAUGGAAGAAGAAGAUGAGAAGCGAGCUGCAAAACGGCCGAGGCUAUCAUCUCCCACUGGCGAAGCUGAGGAGAUGGAGAAAUAGAGAUUGUGUGGGCUAUAUCAACACACCACGGGUUUUGUGUUGGGUCUUGGAUGGUUAGACGACUUAGAGGGUUUAUAUCAAACCACCUUUAGGAAGUGUUUAUAACGUUGUAGGAGUAUUUUACGAAGAAAAAGGAAAGAAUAACGUCUUUCAUCGUUUUUUAUGUAAAAUUUCGAUACGUUAACUUAAGAGGGUUGAUGAAUAUAUAGCCCAUUUUGUGGUUUUUAUUUGAGGUUCUUCCGAGUAAUUUUUUACAUAUAUAUUAUGGUCGAAUAUCUUGGCCCGGGCUGUUUUCCCCUGUUUGAAAACUAUCAAAACUCGAAUGUGAAUAAACCUGUUGUUAUCUGUUG